CCUGCUUCCAGGAUGUGAUGUAGUCUUCACUUCCUGUACAAGCGCGAGCCGUCGAGCAAACAUGGCUGCCUCCGGUUGCAGAGGCGUGAGGUCGAUUUUAUGGAAGUAUGGGAGCUGCGGGAAGAAUUUCGGUGUGUCCCGAUCAAAGACGGCUCCGCAGCUGCCAGUCAGACAAAUUUGUGUGUCAUCCUCUUUAUGGAAGAAGAACCUGGCAGCAGCAGGCCCUCAGAAAUUCACACAGGAGUUUAUAGACAAACAGGUGGAGGAGUUUGAAAUUGGCAAGCGACAUUUGGCCAACAUGAUGGGGGAAGACCCAGAGACAUUCACACAAGAGGAUAUUGAUAGGAGUAUUGCAUAUCUCUUCCCCUCUGGACUUUUUGAGAAACGAGCAAGACCUCUUAUGAAGCACCCGGAGGAAAUAUUCCCAAAACAGACAGCUAUCCAGUGGAAUGCAGAAGGACGCCCUUUUCACUUUCUGUUCUACACAGGGAAACAGUCCUACUAUUCCCUCUUGCAUGAUGUCUAUGAGAAGACUCUGGCGAUAGAAAGACACCAGGACAAAAUGAGAAAUAAAGGCCUCUUCACGUCAGAUACCAAACAAAUAUUGCUGACUGGGAGCAGGUGGCUGUUAAAAGAGGAAAUUGAGGAGUAUCUGGUGGAGAGCGUUUCAGAUAAGGAUUACAUACGGUUGAUCCAGCUGAUGGAGAAGUUGUUGUCUAUGCCCUACUGCUCUCUGGAGGAGGAGUUCAUACUGAAGUUCCGCAAGCAGCUGGAGGUUCAGUCCAGUAAACACGAGAUUCCUGCCCUGCAGUACGACCCACAGGGAGUCGCUUUCAGCGUUGCAGAUGGCAGAAGGAAGACCGCCAAAGCCAGCAUCACCCUCAGAGACAGUGGCUCUGGGAACAUCACAAUCAACGGCAGGAACUACCUCCACUACUUCCCAUUACUACAAGACAGGGAGCAGCUGAUGUUUCCUCUGCACUUUGUGGGCAUGCUGGGCCGGUUUGAUGUUGAGGGCAGUGUGGAGGGCAGUGGUCACUCUGCUCAGGCUGGAGCUCUGCGAUUGGCCAUCUCACAGGCACUGCUCAGCUUUGUGUCUGAGGGAGAAGUUGAAAAGAUGAGGCAAGCUGGCCUGCUGACCGCUGACCCAAGGAUCAGGGAGAGGAAGAAACCAGGGCAGGAGGGAGCGCGGAAGAAAUUCACUUGGAAAAAGCGCUGAACAGGAAAGGAUCAAUACAGCACAGGAACCCUGAGAGAGGACACAACUCAUCUAUCUCACUGGAUUAUUGCGUUAUUCUGUAGACAACCAUACCUUGCUGAUCACAAACAUAAACCAGCCCUACUGCAUCACAUUCAACUGCAUCAGUUAAAAUUCACUAAAUAUAGACUGGUAAAUGGCAUUGGACAUCUGUACACUGAAAGGAGAUCUUUCUUUUUCUGAGAUUUAACUCUUGUGUAUAUUAAAGCUGCGUUUAAAAUGUUAAUAUAAACAUCUUUCAAUAAACAUUGUUUUCAUA